AUGGCCUCGACAACAGCCCAGGCUGUAAAGAAGAAACUCGUCGUAUGCGGCGGCAAUGGCUUCUUGGGUAGCCGGAUAUGUAGAGCCGCAGCACAUAGGGGCUGGAGCGUAACCUCAAUCUCGCGUUCAGGCACUCCACAUUGGUCCUCCGUCUCUUCCUCACAAACACCACCGGACUGGUCAGACAAGGUGUCAUGGCAAAAAGGCGACAUCCUUGACCCCGAGUCGUAUACCAAACACCUCGAAGGCGCAGAUGCGGUGAUACAUAGCAUGGGCAUAUUACUGGAAGCAGAUUACAAAGGCGUUGUCAGUGGACGGGAGAGUCCCAUCAAGGGUCUGCAACGGGCAUUUAGCAAGACCAAGGCUGGAACCCAAAACCCGCUGACACGGAAGGAAGGGGAGAAGUUGCGGCCGCAGGAGAGUGAUGGACAACUCACAUACGAAAUUAUGAAUCGCGACACUGCCGUAUCCCUAGCCAAAGAAGCCUCCACACGCAAAGUUCCGACCUACCUCUACAUCUCCGCUGCAGCAGGCACACCCAUCCUCCCAGCACGCUAUAUCACGACGAAACGCGAGGCCGAAUCUCUCAUCGCCUCCACCUUCCCUACCAUGCGAUCCAUCUUCAUUCGCGCGCCAUUCAUGUACGACAGUAGCCGCACAUUCACCCUCCCCAUUGCGGCAGCGGGCGGCGUAGCAGCCAUGAUAAACAGUGCAGUCGGAGGACGGUUGACGUGGCUAAUGGGAGCAGGAGGCAUCAAGCCUUUGAAAGCGGAUUUGGUGGGUGAGGCGGUCGUGGAAGCACUGGAAGAUGAGGAGGUCAGAGGGCCGGUCGAGGUACCAGAGAUUGAGAAGCUGGGCACGAGAGCGUGGAGGAAGAACAUGCUAUGA